AUGACACAUUGCAAUGUGCUGAACUCCAGGCCCACUGAGGGAGGAGCAGGUGAGGAGCUGAAGGUGAUUCAGCCUGAGAAGUCAGUGGCAGUGGCAGCUGGAGACACGGCCACUCUGAGCUGCAGUGUGACCUCCGUUCUCCCUGUGGGGCCUUUCAUGUGGUUCAGGGGGACAGGGCCAGGCCGGGAGUUAGUCUACAGUCAAAAAGAGGCCACUCUCCCUGAGUAACAUAUUGCUGCAGAUGUAACAAGGAGAAACAACAUAGACUAUUCCAUCCGCAUCAGUGACAUCACCCCAGCAGACACGGGCACCUACUACUGUGUGAAGUUCCACAAAGGAAGCCCUGACACAGAGCUCAAGUCUGGAGCAGGCACUCGGCUCACCGUGAGUGCCCAACCCUCUCCCCCUGUGGUGUCAGCCCCUACAGGCAGGGCCACACCUGGACAGACAGUGAGCUUCACCUGCGAGUCCCACAGCUUCUCCCCCAGGAACAUUGUCCUGAGAUGGUUCAAAGACGGGAAUGAGCUCCCAGCCUCCCAGCCCACUGUGGACCCAGAGGGAGACAGCCCUUCCUACAGCAUCUCCAGCACAGCCAGGGUGCAGCUGGCCCAGGGGGAUGUCCGCUCCCAGGUCAUCUGCCAGGUGGACCAUGUCACCCUGAAGGGGGUCCCUCCUCUUCGUGGGACUGCCAACCUGUCUGAGACCAUUCGAGUUCCGCCCACCUUGGAGGUUUCCCAACAUGCCAUGUCAGAGAACCAGGUAGAUGUGGUCACCUGCCAAGUGAAGAACUUUUACCCCCAGCACUUACAGCUCAGCUGGUUGAAGAAUGAAAAAAUGUCCCAAACAGAAGUGCCUUCAAUCCACAUAGAAAACAAGGAUGGGACCUUCAACUGGAGGAGCUGUCUCCUGGUGAAUUCAUCUGUCCUCAGGGAGGCCAUGGUGCUCACCUGUCUGGUGCAGCACGAUGGGCAGCCGGCCGUCAGCAGGAACCUCACCCUGGAGGCAUCCACUCAUCAGAAGGGCCAGAGAUCAGAUGGACACUCUGGUCCAGAGACAUCUGCCAUUAUUUUUGUGGUGUUCCUCCUGGGCCUCAAAGUGGUGCUGGUGAUGAGCUUCACAGUCACCUACAUCCGCAGGUGGUGGAACCUGUAA